CUGCAUUGUUCCUGCCAUCUGCAGCGCUGCAGAUCCCAAAAGGUCUCCCCGCGUCUUCGAGACCUGACACUUGGCACAUAUCAUCUGCGGAACAGCAACAUGUCCAUUGGGAUCCUACAAUAACAAAAGCCUUUCAUCCGACUCAAGACAUUGCGACCAUGUGGAUAUUACCUCUGGUCGGAUACCUGGGCCUUGCCCUUGGCUUUUCCUUCUUGACACUUGCAAUCGCAUCUGGACUUUACUACCUCUCGGAACUGGUCGAGGAGCAUACCGUCCUGGCCAAAAAGCUAUUGACACGCCUGAUAUACCUGGUCGUCGCCAUUCAAGUGUUAUUGGCCCUGUUCGACAAGUUUCCGCUCGGUCUCUCCGCUCUUGCAAUUGGCAGCCAUGGUGUCUAUCACCAAAACUUGCGACGCUUUCCUAUUGUCAAGCUCACCGACCCCAUCUUCUUGCUGUCGUGUGCACUUGUCUUGCUAAACCAUUGGCUUUGGUUCCGCCACUUCUCCGCCCCACCUUCAUCACCUCCAAGACACUACAACUACUACGCUCCCAACGAAUCUGUUCCAAGCUUCAGUGAAGUUGCUGCCUUUUUCGGACUUCAGGUCUGGCUUGUGCCUUUCGCCCUAUUCGUCUCGUUGUCUGCCGGCGAGAAUGUUCUGCCGAGUAUGGGCAGUGAAUAUGCCACUGGCGCUGGCAGCAGUUUCAUUUCUGCUGGAAAGGAACCCGACAACGCCGCGACUGCCUACGCCUCUGCACCCGGUGCUCGUAGAUCAAGAUCCGGAACCAAUGCUGGCAUGGCCAAAGCCGCUGUGAUGGGCGUUCGUGAAUGGAUUGGCGAAACAGGAGAGCUCAUGGGCUUCUGGAGAGGCGAGCGAACAAGGCCUUUCUAA